GUUUAUGAGAAACAGUCAUUGAGCAACGCUUGGCAAAGAAACACAUGAAAAAUUACCGCGCUGCAAAAUACAAAAAGGAAACUAAUUAUAUUUAAAGAAUAAUCAAUUCUGGAAAUAAAGAGAUAGAAUUAAAUCUCAAUUAUUGAGUGAAAUGGUGAAUAACAGUGGAAAAAAUAUAUUAUUGAAAGUGGUAUAAGAAUGAUUUGAAAAUAACGCGAAGGUCAUAAUUAAAAAAUUAGUUUUGAGAUUUUAAAAGAACCUAAUUUAUUGUGAAACCUUUCUCGAUCUUCGUGAAAUCUUAUGGAAAAAUUUAAACGUGAAAGUGACUUGACAAAUCAAAUUCAUUAACGAGGAAAUAAGGCGGAAAUUAUAUUUUCUGCUAAAUGAGUGAAAAAAUAUUAAAGGAAAUGAAAAGAAAUACCCAUGGAGUAUGGCGAUAUAGUGAGUCCGGCAUAGGAGUUCCGGCAAAAAUAACAUAAAAUUGAAAAGACUGAAAGAAAGAAAACAAGGAAAAUUCGUAUAUGAGUAAAAAGCAAAAAAAUAUCAAAAAAAGAAUCGAAAAUAAAUUUGAAAUCAUAGUGAAGUUAAUUUGUUAUGAAAAUGGGAAUGCCAAUCAAUGAAUCGGCACCUCGUGUGCCGGAACCACACCCGGAAAUUUCAGUUGAAGAUGAGAAACUCUUGUCAGAUUUGUACAUCAGAACAAGCUGGUUUGAUGCUGCAUUAGCGCUUGACCAAAUAGAAAAGAACAAAGCUGAUGGCCGACGAACAUCAAUUUACUUACGUCAUCUAUUCCAGUCACAUUUCUUUAAACUCGGCCGAAGUAUUGACAAGCAUGCUGGCAUAAUUAUAUUCAUGGCAUUUCUUGUGUUGGGAACGUUUUGUGUCGGUCUGAAGUCUGUAAUCAUCCAUUCGAAUGUGAAUCAACUUUGGCUAGAAGUUGGUGGAAGUCUGGAGCAAGAGCUCGCUUAUACUGAAUCAUCUUUAGGCUAUAUGGAUACCUCAACUAAUAAUCAGCUACUUAUACAAACAGUGAAAAACGAAAAUGCGACAAUUCUGUAUGAUCAAGCGCUGCUGGCACAUCUGAGGGUUGUGAAGCAAGCUUUGUCAGUGGAAGUGUACAUUGGUGAAGUUACAUGGACAUUAAAAGACUUGUGCCAACUUCCGUCAAGUCCUCGAUUUGACGAACAUUUCAUGGAGCAAAUCCUCGAAAUGGUCAUUCCAUGUGCUAUUGUAACUCCCCUCGACUGCUUUUGGGAAGGAAGUAAACUGUUAGGUCCCGAUCGAGAUCCACAUAUUCCAAUGAUUAAUGAAAAGUAUGGAACAAUAAGUUGGUCAUCACUUAAUCCCAUGGAGCUUUUCGAUGAAGCUCUUCGUGAAAUGAGUAAGAAUGAUGAGGAAAAGUUUGGAAAAACCGAUCAAGGGAUGAUUGCCAAGGUCGAACAGUAUAUGAAGCAAGCCGGUAUUUCAAGUGGUUACAUAAAGAAGCCAUGUCUGAAUCCAUCUGACAAAGAUUGUCCCAACACUGCACCAAAUAAGAGAUCAAGAUUAGCACCCGAUAUAGGAGCAGCCUUAAGUGGGGGUUGUUAUGGCUACGCCGUUAAUUUCAUGCAUUGGCCAGAAGAAUUAAUUGUUGGAGGGUCUGAAAAGAAUUCAACAAAUCAUAUACGUAAAGCGAAAGCUUUACAAACUGUCAUUCAACUGAUGAGUGAACAAGAACUUUUCGAUCAUUGGAACGACAAUUACAAGACUCAUUAUGCCGGUUGGACUCUUAAAAAGGCCCGUGACAUUCUAAAUGCAUGGCAAGAGAAGUUUUCCAAUGAAGUAAGGAAAUUGAUGCGCGAAGAAGGCAACUCGACUUUUGCUGCUUAUGACUUUAACGCAUUCAGUUCGUCAACACUCAAUGACAGUCUUCGUCAUCAUUCGAAGCCAAACUUUUACCAUUUAACUAUCUGCGUCCUUGUCAUUCUUGUGUACACUGGCUUGGUACUUUAUCGCUUUGGUGAUCCAGUGAAUGGUCAGAGUGGUGUUGGAAUGUUUGGUGUUUUGUUGCUAAGUAAAUCAACAGCAGCUGGUCUUGGCGUUUGUUCACUUCUUGGCAUUCCGUUCAAUGUUGCAACAACUCAAGUUGUUCCUUUAAUAGCACUUGGACUUGCAGUUGAUCAAAUCUUUAUUUUGACUCAUGGUUACGACUCGAGGCGAAAUAGCAACGAGCAAAUGCACACAGCACAAAUUCUUAAGAAAUAUGGACUCAGCAUAUUAUUUAAUGGAACGUCAACUGCGACAGCAUUUUUAGGAGCGGCUCUUCUUCCAAUUCCCGUCUUAAGAGCUUUUGCAAUGCAAUCAGCAAUUCUCAUAACCAUUAAUCUUGUAACAGUUCUCUUCGUGUUCCCGGCAUUCAUAACACUUGACCUCAGACGACGACGUUCAUCACAUUUGGACAUUCUUUGUUGUCUGCCACACUUUACAACUCCAAUUUGUGAUGCGAAGAGUCGACAAAUGGAACCUUUAAAUUCAUCAACGAGAGAUGUGCGAAUCAAUGAUUUAAGUAAAGAAGAUGCGCUACUUCCUAAUCAGCAGCAAAAUGGAGGAAAGUCAAGAAAAUGUGCGACGAGAUUUAACGUUAAAACUUAUGUUGAUGUUUUACUUAAUGGCAAAAUGAAAGUUCUUGGUAUGACGACAAUUGUUGCGCUUCUUGGUUCGUCCAUUUAUGCAACAUUGAAGCUUCAAGAUGGCUUUGAGUUGACCGAUUUGAUUCCACGAAAUACCAGCGAAUACAAUUUCAUUAGCGCUCAAAGCAAAUUGUUUGGUUUCUACAAUAUUUUCGCAGUAACGCAAGGAAACUUUGAAUACCCACAAAAUCAGAAACUGCUACGUGAAUAUCAUGAAUCAUUCAUCCGAGUGCCGCAUAUCAUAAAGAAUGACAAUGGCGGACUUCCCGAUUUCUGGUUGAAUCUCUUCAGCAAUUGGUUGAUGACACUUCAAAAUGCUUUCGAUCGAGAUUAUGCGAGUGGAUCAAUAUCGAAAGAGCGAUGGUAUGGAAAUGCUUCUGUUGAUGGGAUUCUGGCAUUUAAAUUACUUGCACAAACUGGACAUGUUGACAAUCCUAUCGACAAAUCUUUGAUUACACGGAAUCGUUUAGUUGAUGCCCAUGGAAUUAUUAAUCCAAAAGCUUUUUAUAAUUAUUUGUCAGCAUGGGCAUGGAACGAUGCCGCUUAUGGAGCAUCACAAAGCAACCUUCGACCAUCGCCUCGAAUGUGGAUUCAUUCACCGAAAGACAAACAUAUGGAAAUACCAAAAAGUGCGCCUUUAACUUACACGCAACUUCCUUUCUACUUGCAUGGACUUUACACAACGAAAGAUAUCAAAAUGGUGAUUGAAGAAAUUCGAGAACUAUGUGAUCGUUUCAGUGCGAAAGGACUCCCAAACUAUCCAUCAGGAAUUCCGUUCCUUUAUUGGGCUCAAUACUUUAAUCUUGAUUUACUUAUCAUCAUUGCACUCAUCGGAUCAAUCAUCAUUACAUUUAUUCUCGCAUUGAUCUUCUUGCAAUCAAUUCCUGCUGCUUUGUUGAUUGUCGUCAAUGCAAUCUUUGUAUUCUCUCAACUGUUUGGUGUAAUGCUUCUCUUUGAUUUCAUCGUCAAGCAUUUCUUUCUUUUGCUGAUAAGCUUUUGGAUUUUAUGUGCUGUUAACAGUUUAUUCCAUUUCCCACUUCUUCUCCUGCUCUUUGGACCUGCACCAGAGCUUGUUCCACAUAAUCAUGUUAACCGAAUUUCAACUCCUUCACCUCAAUUAAGAUCAUCAAAUCAUAAACAGAAAGCAAUCAAUCUUCACGGGAAACGUUCGUGUCGAAAGAAAUCUCAUCAUUGUCAUAUCAAAAACACAAACUUAAACAAUGAACCUUCAUUGACAACAAUCACCGAAGAACAAUCAUCAUGGCAAUCAUCAGCAUCUUCAAUAUCAAACGCAAGUUAUCGGGAUGGAAACAUAAGUGACGGCAAUGUCAGUAAUAAAUCUAAAAAGUUUCCACUUCCUCGAGUCCAUAAUAACUUUCAACGAGAAAGUAACACCAACAAGGUUGACUCAAAUAACGAUGGCAUUUCAAUCGAUGCCAACCAACCAGCAUUCAAAAGUAUCAUUGUUCAACCUGAAGUUACUGUUGAAACCCAUCAUAAUGAACAUGGCCACCAAAAUACAAAAGUUACAGCUACAGCAAAUAUAAAGCUUGAAUUUACAACGAGAGGUGGUAAUGGCAGUGCAACGCCAAACAGCAAUGAGCAGUCAAAUUCAAGUUGA